ACGCGCGUGGAAACCAGCGACCAGAUCGCUUUCUAAACCGGACAAACAUACGUACAAAGCAGUCCUCAUUUUUACGAGUUCAUUUCUAUCGCUUAAUCACCACAAUGGUCACUUUUUUACGAAUGUGUUCGAGUGACGCACGCUACUUUUGAUCAGUUUAAAAAAAAAACGUUUCUUUGUGGUUUAAUUGAAAAAAGAACCUGACUGCGAUCUGAUAUCGAGGCUACAGUAAACAGGUGGAUCUCAGUGCUGUAUUAUUUCCUUUCCUCUCACGGAUCAUCGGUUGGAUAAAUAAUAGUAAUGUCUACUCGUUUAGCUUGGACAAAGUUUCAAAAUGAGUACCAUUUGGCGAGUUAUUGACGCGGUAAAAUGCCGUUGGUCAGCACUUAAGAAAUCCGAUUAUACAACUCUCUAACUUUCUUAUCUCGAGUGCCCCGUAAAGAUUUCUAUUGUAUCGGAGUUUGAGCUCUUCUAAGAAUCAUCAUAUUCCUGCGAGAGAAGAGUACUGAUAAAUCCGAAAAGUGAUCAUAAUACAAAGUCGUAUAAUGGAAAUCGUGCGAAGCAUUACCGAGAUUGUUCCAGUCCUCUCAAAGCACAAAUUGUCAGUGAUUCUCUACGCUCAACUUUAAAGAGAAUAAAUCUCUGUCGUCAAGAGUAAGUUCGUGUGGCGUAGUGGCCCGCGAUCCUUCCUCUUUAAAGUGGAGAUAACUGCGAACUGGAGAAGAGAGAUGAGGCGACGGAGAACGCAGCCGUGGAUCAGCGGCUGAUCAGCAUUCGUCGUUUGCGGAGAAUUCGAAAGAGAAAAACGGUUGUGCGAGGGGGUGGCAGGGCCCAUGGCCCGGUGCUGGUGGCACCAGCGCUGGUGGUGGCUCCUGCUUGUGCUAAUAUCCAGGCUCGCCUGCGGCCAAUAUCCAGUCUCGUCGACGACUACCACAGUUCCACGGCAGCAAAGAGUCGUCGUUUUCCUGCGCGAGCAGUGCGACGGAGACCAAAACACUACGGAGCUGCUACGGCAACUUGCUCACGGAUAUACCUUGCCACCACUAAUUGACAUGGUGCCAAAAGACGAGAGCUGCGAGGAACGCUCGUGGGGCCUGGAAGGCCUUGUUCAGGCCUUGAGCCGCAAAACCACCAGAGCGAUGCUCGCUCAGCUAGACUACAACACUUGUGAGGUUGUCGCCAAGCUUGCUCACUUAUGGAACAAACCACUUGUCACCUGGACCUGCCCACAGAGAACAGAGGAGGAUAGGAAAUUAUCGUCGGUAGUGAGACUUUCACCAUCGCCAGUAGUUCUUGGCAGAUCGCUUGCCGAAAUAUUCCUGCACUUUCGAUGGAAGUCCGUGUCCGUAAUUGGCGUCGAUACCUCACCGUGGUCGAUGGUGGACAGAUCAGUAAUCGCCGGACUACGUACCAUCGGGGUCAUACCUCGGCAUCACGCCGUGUUACCAACGGACGCCGACACUAGGCAAAUACGCGCGGCUCUUACGCCACUGCGUGCCAUUCCCUGUAGAGCAAUAGUGGUGUGUCUGCCCCUUGAGGGUGAACUGCUGUCGCAAACUCUUGUCGAGCUGGACACAAUGCAAGACACGCGACUGCCAAGCGUCAUCAUCGUCCUCGUCACUAAUCCACCAGGGCCACAGCCGUUUUUACCAACGAUCAGUGAUCUACAAUCUGACAGUUACGUUGCCAGCAGUAACGAGACGAUGACAGACAAGACUGACAGAAGAUUCGUGCCGCCACGUGAUCUCAGUCGUACCAGCCUUGACAAUCUACUCGCUAUCGUACCCUUUGAUCAGAGGUACGACGUAGCGAGGCUACUGAACGGUAGCUCGAGCCUCGAGCCUGAGACUACGAUAGACCAUUUACGCGAGGCACUGGACUUUGUACUGGAUAUAAACGCGACUAGACUAAAUUCUUUCAAUAACAAGAUGUACACGUAUGGCUUGCUCUCUUACACCAGAGACAACGGCUGGCGGCCUCUGGUUGUCGUCAUUGAGUAUCCCGAUAGUCUUGUAUUGAAGGAGCUUGCCAACAAUAACUUCGCUGACGAGGAGGUAUUCGAUUUACUCUGCGACGAUCAGAGCGACUGCCCUGUGGAAAAUAUACCAGGAAUUUCUCUUCACACUGUACAUAUCGUAGCCAUUAUACUUGGUUCGUUACUUUUUGCAUUGACAGCCAUCAUAACAGCUGCCUUAAUAAGACGACAUUUGUUGAAAAAACGUAUGUCGAAGGGACCUUACAAGAUUAUUCUCACGGCCACGGACUUUGUCUUUCCCCAGAUCCCAGACGCCAGACGAGUUGACGAGGGAAUCGAAGCGAUGCUAUGCUGCUGGCUGCAACAGCUACAAGAGUUCGGCGGGCCGGAGGUGGAGAAACCCGAUCUUUUGCAGGGUAGUGUUGGCUCGUUACGUCCUCACCUUCAGGCGAGUAACGGCAACCUUGCACGACACUUGUUCAACGAUCCCCGCGCUCGCUAUAAUGGUGAUCUGGUUCAACUUAAGCAGCUUCCCGUUCAAGGCGCCUUCGAGCUCAAGAGUAAGGCAAUGGACGUGCUGGUCACGAUACACGGUCUUCGCCACGAAAACUUGAACCCGUUGAUUGGCUGCCUGACGGAGCCAAGUAGACCAUGCCUUGUCUAUGAGUACUGCUCGAGAGGUUCCCUCGAGGACGUCCUUGUGCAGGACGAGAUCAAGCUCGACUGGUCCUUUCGACUCUCCCUUCUAACCGACCUCGUUCGGGGCAUGAAAUACCUGCAUAGCACGCCAAUACGAACUCACGGCUAUUUGACCUCGCGAAAUUGCGUCAUCGACGCCCGAUGGGUCCUCAAAGUCACGGACUACGGACUUCCGGCAUUUUACGAAGCCCAAAAUGUGCAGUCAUCGUCAAAAACAGCCCGAGACUUGCUCUGGACUGCACCGGAGUUACUAAGGCACACAGGUUUGCGUAAGCGGGGCAGCCAGCCGGGCGACGUUUACAGCUUUGGCAUAAUUAUGCAAGAGGUGGUGGUGCGAGGAGAGCCCUUCUGCAUGUUCGCCCUUUCGCCCGAGGAUAUCAUCGAAAAAGUGAAAAAGCCACCACCACUGAUAAGGCCAUCGGUGAGUAAAGGAGCUGCGCCACCAGAAGCCAUUAAUAUCAUGCGUCAAUGUUGGGCUGAGAAUGCGGACAUGCGACCAGAUUUCAAUAACAUUUACGAGCUUUUCAAAAAACUCAAUCAUGGCAGAAAAGUUAAUUUUGUCGACACAAUGUUUCAAAUGUUGGAAAAAUACUCCAACAAUCUGGAAGAACUCAUUCGCGAGAGAACGGAACAGCUGGACAUGGAGAAAAAGAAAACAGAGCAAUUACUCAACCGCAUGUUACCAAGCUCGGUAGCAGAUAAGUUAAAGCUGGGAAACAGAGUGGACCCCGAAGAAUUUGGCGAGGUAACGAUCUAUUUCUCAGACAUAGUGGGCUUCACAACGAUCUCAGCAUACUCGACGCCCUUCCAAGUGGUCGAUCUGCUUAACGACCUGUAUACGUGCUUCGAUGCUACGAUCAAUGCCUACAAUGUCUAUAAGGUGGAGACGAUAGGUGACGCGUACAUGGUUGUCGGCGGUUGUCCUGUGAGAAUACCCGAUCACGCGAGUCAGGUCGCCACGAUGGCGCUGGAUUUGCUUCAUCAGAGCGGCAAGUUCAAGCUGAAGCAUCUGCCGAGAACGCAGCUUAGGCUCAGGAUUGGCCUUCACACGGGUCCGUGUUGCGCGGGAGUUGUGGGUCUGACGAUGCCCCGUUACUGUCUUUUCGGCGACACAGUGAACACAGCAUCAAGAAUGGAGUCGACGGGUGUACCAUGGCGCAUUCACAUGAGCCAGGCAACUAGAGACAAGCUCACACAAGCAGGUGGUUACAUUAUCGAGUAUCGCGGCCCUACGGAAGUCAAAGGGAAAGGUACCAUGAACACCUAUUGGCUACUCGGCAAGCAGGACUUUGACAAAGAGCUGCCUGUGCCGCCACCACUUGGGGAGGAUCACGGGCUGGAUGAGAACAUAAUCAUCGAAAAUCUACAAAGCUCGGAGCAGCAAGCAGAAGCCGAGUCGUCGAAUGUACCAAUUCAAGUAAGUACGCACCUGACGACCCUCAACUCAACGGAAGAAGAUAGUUCGGCCGAAGUGAGCGCCACGGUAUCGUUGCACGCCACGGGUACCGCUUCGCCGUCCAAGUACGCGUUGAGCGAGCAAUCGUCGAUAGAAAAACCAUCGAGUAGUCGUCGGGUGCCAGUCUCCGUGCACGACAAUCUCUCUAGCAACGAACCCUUCAAAGUAGAUACAACUGGUACGAGGUCUACUUCAGAUUAUAGCAGUGCUAACGUUACCAAAAGUACUUCCACUGACAAUCCCGUGACACUUGGCACACCAGUGUCAGCGACAGAAGUAGCAGCAGCUUUGUUGGGCGCCUCGUCGACAUCGAUAAACUCAAUGACGAGCAACGUGUUUAGUAGAAACCGUCCAAGACGAAUGGGUGGUGUCAUCGAUGAGGAUGACCUGAGUACACCUUACAAUCAUUACCGCUGUCUCUCGCCCAAUGAGCAUUAUGGAAAGGCGACGUUCGAGCAGCAGCCAGAGAAAAGCCUGCACGCGCGUCGCAAACUCGGUAGAUCGAGAAUCAAGUCAUUGGACAUUGAGUGUGGUCUGGGUGCUACAGCAGGCCGCGGACGUCUUCUACGUCGGCAAUUCAGUCUCGAUCGCGCCGACGAGCCAUCGACUUCGACUACGGCUACGGCAACCGUGGAGACGCAGCAGCACAGAACGGCACCGAGACUUUUCAAGCAAAAUAGCGCUGGUGCUGCCAAUGACCUGGAACGUAUUGAAGAGGUGCCAAGUACGCCCGGAGCUGGACAAGCUUAUCGGCACUCAGCCUCCGUUUCUCUGUCUGUCGAGUCACUAACUUUGCGUUGAAACAAGUGUAUGGAACGAUGAAUUUGGUUCGAUGCGAUAUAAAUCUACCUGGUGGAACGUUUGUCGCUCGGGCUAUGUUUUGUUAAUUUUUUUCUGCUGUGUGGGUCCUAUUAAAAUCACCGCAAGUACCAAGCUUUUUCAAUUUUCCUACUUUAUUGAUCAAUGCUUUUUUCUAGAAGCGUCUGAAAAUGUUCUUCAUCUAUAGACAAUCUUGUUUGCACGAUUAUUGAGAUUCGUGACGCGUUAAAAGCUCUCCAUAGUGCUGGCUUUCAUUUCUCGCCGCUGUGUAUUGAUAAUAAUAAUAAUAAUAAUGCAACGUCUUUGACGAAAAAAAAUUAUGAAAAGUUUUCAAAUAAAUUGAUUUAACACUAUAUUCUUUACACCAAAUGGCUGUAGUGAUUCUCAUUUAUCAAUUAUAUGAUCUUUUUUUUGCAAAAAUGCUAACUUAAGACAAUUAUGUAACACAAAUAUAACAAGAUCUUUUAGAAUCAGAUUAUUUUGUUAAUGAUCAAUACAAUACAACAGGAUCAUGAAAUAUUGUUGAUUAGUAAAAAAAAUGUUGUUUCACAGGGAAACCGAAACUCAUAAGUGUCUUCCAUAAAAGAUUUCAUUUUGUUUUCAUUAGAACAUCAAUAAUAGAUGUAUUCCAGAAGAAAUAUUAGAGCCAGAAAUUAACAGGGUAAAAAUCAUCGAAUCAACAAAUUCAAUAGAUCAAAUGAAAAUAUACAUCAUAAAAUUAGAAUGAACACAUUAGCAACAUCAUUAAAAACAUCAAGUAUGAGCAAAAAAAGCUAUCAAAGCUUAAAACCGCAGAAUAAAUUUAGCAGUAGUACGUUUAAAUGUUUGAAUAAUUAUUGAUUAAGAUUUAUGUUUUUAGUCAAUUUAUAUUUUACACAUUAAAUUGUCAAGGUCUCAAACAGUGCUUGAUUUAGUUCCUACUUAAUAAUCAAAUUGAGAAUUUUACAACAUAAUGCAUAUCAUAAUUUUGUAUCGAUAUCGAUUUUACUCAAUAUAACUGAAUGCAAUCGCAAGCUAUAAAUUCUAUACCAAUAAUCCAGAAUGCAAUGACUUUAUUAUUAAUCAAUUAUAAUGAUAUUAAUCAGUUGUGAACAUUGAAAAUUAUAUUUUAGGAAAAUAUCCCAUAAAAAUGAAUAUUCUAUUUUGCUACAACAUAUUCUGCUACAUUUUCACAUACAGUUGUAAAUAUAAUAUGGCUUAAUCUAUUAACUUUCGAUAUUUAGUAUCCUGUAAAAAUUCGCGAUUAAAAAAAUUCACUUAAUUAACUUAAAUAAAUAAAUGAUGUAAUCAAAAGUCGUAAACGUAUGUGACCAAAUAAUUAGUGUGAUUAGGCUAUAUAACACAAUUGGGAUUCAUUAUAUUAUAUUGUAAUAUUACACAUUAAUGGAAUUAAAAGAAAUAUUUAUUACUACUGCAAAAUAAUGUCGGAAUUUAACAUGAAUAAAUUAACGAAAUAAUCAAACUGCAUAUCGUUAUCUGCUUGCUGGUUUAGGAGUGCAGACAAUCAUAUGCGGUUUUAUUGUACACACAAAUCAUUGUGCAGGGUAACAUAGCGUGAGAAUUGAUAGACGAUAAUUCACGCUAUGUUACUGUGCAUAAUAGUUUGUAUGUAUAAUAAAACCAUGCACAAUUGUCCGGGUUUUUAUUGAUAUAAUUUAAUAUAAUAUCAUCAAUGCAUGAAAUUUAUCAUAUGAAUAUGAUACGCAAUAAAAUGUUUAUAAGUCUUAACUACCAAUACAUUAAAAAACGUGAGAAAAAUUGAAUCAAAUAUAACUUUAUAAAAAUGUGUAGAACGAUAUACAUUAUAGAUUGGUAAAUUGAACUGUCAGUCCAAGAGAUAAUAAAUAAAGAAAAUAAGAACAUUCAUGAAGAUACAUUGCGAUGUAUUAUCGCGACGUAUUAAAUAAUAUACAAAACUUUCUUUUAAAAAAUUAAACUGCCCUUCAAUGAUUGUCCCACAAACACAAUGUAAAAUAUAUAAUUGGUAUUCUAGAAUAUAGUUAUUCCGAAAUGUCAUGAUAUUUUAAAAACUAGUCAUUCUUAUAAAUUAAGCAUGUAAGUAAAGAUUAAUCAAAUCGCUGAGUUGUAAGAAUUAUUCUACCUGAUUAAAUUAAAAAAAUAUAUAUUAUUUUUAAACCUAAACAUAGAAUAAAUAAUUAUAAUACAUGAUUAACGUUCUCAAUAAUACAUAAUAAAAGUAGUACUUCGACAAUUAAUAAGUGUGUAUUUACUUAAUGUCAAAUGGAGUUUCGCGCUAAAGAGCAAACGAAGAGUAAAAGAAAUGCGCGGAAGAGAAAAUGACAGGAAUGAAUGUGCCAAUAACUGUGCAUAUGAAAACACCUUUUUUCUAUCGGCCUAACUAUGUGACAUUACAUAUAAUAAGUAAAACUCUGUAUUUUAAUGAAUGGUUAUGAUAUUGAUGAAAUGUUUGAAAGUUAAGUUGUUGAAAAAUCAGUAGAGUAUUGUACAUGUUUUCGAUAUGUUAGCAAUAAAUCCGUAAAAUAGUAUGAGGAAUUUAUGCAAAUUAUAAAUCUGAUUAAUUAAACAUAUAUAAUUUUGAUGACUAUUGAAUAAAUUAUUUUAUAAUAUCUGACAUGAAAUGUUUCAAAGACAAUCACAAAAUCGAUAUUGGAAGUUUUUCGAUUUUAUUACUAUUCUAGUCAAAUUAUGAUCUUAUUUUACAUAAAUACACUUUUACCAUGUAUGCUAUAAUUUUAGAGAAUUUAAUCUAGCAAUUUUGUUAUUUAAUUAUUUAUAAUAAAUAUUAACAACCUAUUUAUAAUUAUCGAUGGUUUUGAUCGUUUAAAUAAAUAAAAUUAACGAAAGUUUAAUAUCUACAAUUUGUUUGUAACAUAUUUUUAAAAAAAUCUAUUUUAGACAAAAGUAGCCAAAUCACUAUAAUUUGACAAUGAUUAUGACACAAUAAAAUUUAUUAAAACAAUUGAUAUUCGAAGUAUUUAACAAAGAAAAUUACGUGACAAUCGUCUAAGCACGAAAAGUGUGCGAUGAUCGUGAUAAAAUGCAUAGUAAAUAGUCACACUUACCAUAUACAAACUCUCGAAGAGAUGAUUUUUCUCAAACAUGAUGUGAUGCAUUUAAAAAAACUGUAAUUAACGGUAAAAAUAAUUAUCAUCUUAUUCAUAAUAUUGUAGUAAAGUCCCUUUUAUAGAGUUUUAAAGCAUUUAUCUGUAGAUAUAUUAAGUUAAACGAGUUGUAAAUUUCAAAUCUAUUAUAAAAGAUAGAAUGCGCCACAAGAAAUAUUGUAUAUUACUAUACUAAUAAAAUUAUAAAACUUUUAGAAGUAUACUAGAAUGUAUUUUUUUCAAUUAGUAAAUUUGAAUCAAAUAAUUUGAUGGAUUACAUUAAUUGUAAAGAAUAUUUUUGCAUUCUUUAGUUAGAAAAAAAUAUACUGCAAACUAUAGAUAUGAAUAUUUGUUAACAUUAUACGCAUAUACUUAAAUUAUUCAACCCAUAAAUUAAAAAUAAUCAAACUUGAAUUCUAGUAUAUUUUUGAAAGUAAUUUUUGCAACGUGUGUUAAGGUGUUGUUAUAUGGUAAUUAAUGUUGAUGAUAUAAAAAUUUAUGUAAAUAAUCCAUUUUCUAUAAGGAGUGAUGGUCAAAAAGCUUACGAAACAAUAGAAAAAUAAUAAGUUUGCGGCGGGUUCCGCAGCAUAAAUGAUUGAAAACAAUAUAUAGAUAUAUAAUAUUGGUGAACACGACGUUGAAACACGUCUCUAGAUCCUAAUAAAUUUCGUCUUAAUUCAAAAUCGAUGAUUAUUUAUACGAAACAAAAUUCGCUUUACGGUUAAAUGUUGAAUGUUGACAGAAUUUAUCUUUUAUUGUAAAACUAUACACAUCAUGUUUAUCCGCCGAAACCUGAACGUUUGUAAGUUGAGCUGUUCAAAUCCUACAAUAUAGCAAUAAAGAAUCGUACAAAAAAUUCAUA